AUGGCUAUUACAGGAAAAAUAAGACUUAAUUUACAAUUUAAAAAGCCUUUAAGAUACUUUCUUCAUGAUAGUCGAAAAAUAUCAACAGUAGUGUCAGAAAAAAUUAAUGAAAAUCUUAAAGAAUCCAACAAUGAACGGUUGGACAAUACCAAACUACCUCUUGAACUGCUUGAUUAUCGUUUUAAAUUCGCAGAAUUUCUACCCGAUCCAAAUCCCUUACAUAGAAAUAAAAUAAGAGAAAAAUUGGAGCGUAGAGACAUGCUAUUACGUAGAUCAAAUGUAGAAAUUCCUGAAUUUUACGUAGGUUCAAUUUUAGCUGUAAAUUAUUCAGAUCAACAUGCUCCUGGUAAACAAAAUCGAUUCUUAGGAAUAUGCAUCAGCAGAACAGGACAAGGCUUAAGAGCAUCAUUUAUUUUAAGAAAUGUUAUUGAUAAAAUGGGAGUUGAAAUUUCUUAUUUCUUAUAUGAUCCAACUAUUCAGAAGAUUGAGGUUAUAAGGCUAGAAAAAAGAUUAGACGAAGAGUUAUUUUAUCUCCGCGAUGCACCACCAGAAUAUAGCACAUUCCCACUGGAUAUGAGAGCAAAAAUUCAUGCACAUGGUACAUGUGUACCCAUAAAUGAAAUUAAAGUCCCUUUAAAUCCAUUGCCUUGGCUUCAAAGGUGGGAAAGAAUGAACAUGAAAGGUAUUAUUGAUUGUAAAAGUAUGGUGAAUGAAAAACGAAGGAUCAAAGCAGAAUAUAAAAUACAUACAAAACCAUGGGAGAAAUAUGACCUUAUGAAGAUGUACAGAGAAACCAUACCUAUAGAAGAACAAAAAGAAAUUUUUGCAGAAAUUUACUCAUCACUACAAGAGCAUGAAAUUCAUCGUUUAAAAUCGAAACGUACAAGAUCUCUUGUAAAACCAAUAAAAACUGGAUAAAAUA